UGUGAAACGUAUUGGUUUUUGUAUUUUGAGUGCGUUGUAUCACAGGGGGCAGCACUGAGCUCAUCCUGUUAAAGCGGUAGAACAGAGGGAAGAAAAUGUAACGCUGGGCCUAGUUGGACAAGUAACGCCAAAGGGAGAUAUGUGCUUUAUUAUUUCCUACAUCGGACAUGACUGUAAGGACAUCCCAGACUUCCUUGGAGACACAUAUGGCCACUUUGCAAGAAGGCUGGAUCUGAGCUUCAAUCAGCUCAGGUCACUGGCAGGCAUCAAAACGUUCACUGAGCUGGAAGAGCUGGUCGUUGACAACAAUCUGCUUGGAAAUGACCUCCAGUUGCCCAGGUUACCCAACCUCCACACCCUGACACUCAAUAAGAACCAACUGACUGAUAUCGAGGCCCUGUUGGAACACUUGGCUGAUGUGACCCCGUCACUGGAGUACCUAAGCCUGCUGGGAAAUGAGGCCUGCCCCAACCAGCUGGUCAGCCCGGAUAAGGAUGAGGAUGACUACCAGAGAUACAGGUACUUUGUUCUGCACAAGUUGCCCCAGCUGAAGUUCCUGGACACCAGGAAAGUUACCAAGAAAGAAGUGAUGGAGGCACAGGCAAGAGGAGCAUUCAUGAAAGUGGUCAAACCCAAGUCAGACACUACAGCGCUGAUAUCCUCUGAGCUGCUGAUAGAUGCGUCAUAUCUUGGGGAGAAACGGGUUUGUCCUCAGCAGCCACGUAAUGAGGCUGGAUCUGAGAGUCACCCACUGCCCUACACUCCUCUACCCCGAGGGUCCAGAGACGCCAGGAACCACAAAGGGGUAUUCGCCAAGUGCCGCUACGUCUACUAUGGCAAGCACUCAGAAGGCAACAGAUUCAUCCGAAACGACCAACUCUGAUGGACAGCCGGUCAGGCAUAAAGAGGGACAUGAAUGACAAUGAGUGUUAACAAGGAAGAUGAUCACCCCCAUGUCUUAUUUAUUAAAAGCACUGGUGAUAUUGAGUCACCUCAUCUCCCACUGGAAAGAGAUUUAAACUUUAUCAAAAUAUGCUGUCAUGGUUAUGUAAGGAGAAUGUUUUGUUUUUUUUUCCUUCCAAAGAUCAUAUUCCAGCCCCAUAGUUAUGGCUUCCUCUGCUGAGCUUGGUCUGCUUCUGCCUCCCUGUUUCCAGCUCGGAGUCAGAGUCAGAGAUGACACUCCCACUGACAUGAUUGCCUCUAAGCAUCAGAAACCGCACAACUACAGACACACGCACACCGACACACGCAAAAGGACAGUCUCUCUCUCUCUCUCUCGUUCUCUUACACACAGUCAGUGACAAACAGACCCAGCCAAUUGCAUCCUUUUCUUUGACAGCCAUGAUGGAUCACCCAUCCACUACCGCCACUAAUCAAGGGUGAAGGGGGUGACGGUCACACACCUGGGGCCUGACACAGACUCAUCUCUCUCUCUCUCUCUCUCUCUCUCUCUCUCUCUCUCUCUCACUGUUUCCCUCUUUCGCUCUCUCUUUUACACACACACUCACACACACACACCCACACACACAUUACUGCUGUUUAAAACAUUAAGACACUGCAAAGAGUUUGACAGAACAAGGUUUACACAGCCUGGUUAAACACUUAGAAGAUUUUCAGUCUGAACUUGAGGCAUGAUCAGUCUUGUUUUGUUUGCUUUUCCUUCUUUUAUUUGAAUGAAUUUUACUGAAUUUGUUUUAUCUGAAAAAGGAAAGAGGAAUUGUUUUUAAAAGUCAGACAUAUAUCUGAUAUUUGAGCAAUGGUUUGGUCAGUGUGUGUUGCAAGUAUAGAAAAGCUUUGAAAAGCCUUGUCAAAUCCAGCUUUUAAAGUCAAACUCAUUCCACUAUCGGCCUUAACGAAGAACAGAGUUGUAACCAAGUGUGCAUUUCAGGUGUGUCAUUAUCUAUUAUGGUGCCAGAAACUUAAGUUAUUGUGCCUGUCCCACUGUCUUCAGCCAGUUAACUACUUCAUGCUGAAAUAUUCCUUUUAUUAUUUGCAUUCCAUUGUGUUCAGUUGUGAACAAACUAUAAUACAUAAUUUUCAGAAAAAAAUUUAAUGUUAUAUUGAAAGGACAGUCACCCGAAAUUUGUUCAAAUGCAUUGUUUUUUAAGUGUUUUCAUUUUAUAAUACUUCAACAAUCAUCAUGGUUUUACAAUGAAUAUGUCUGUGGUGGUUUGUAAUACUUUUCACAACAACCUAUGGUAAAGUGCUGCCAGGUUUUAAGAUCUUAUUUUUUAUUUCUCCAGGCAAGCGUCUAAUGUGAAAUUCUGUGAUGAAUGAAUGAUGUAAUGUAGCUGAUCUGAUGUGAAAUUAUAUUAGCUGGAUGUCUUCAAGUGAUUAAAUGGGUUUAACUUAACAUGAGUCUCUUGU